AUGGCUGGUUUUCUCUCCCUGCUCCCUCCUCAACCUCCAGUGCCACUCGCGUCGUCCUCCUCGGCCCCGCCUGCCCUGAACGUUGGCAGAUCACGACCCAAACGCGACGGCGAGAAGGUUCCACGACCGGUCAAUUCGUGGAUCAUCUUCCGCUCGGAGACGAUGCGGGAACUGCGCAAGCUGGAGGAGUACCGCAAGAUGCCCCAGGCGCAGAUAUCCAAGAUAAUCUCGCAGCGUUGGAAGGAUGCCACCCCCGACGUCAAGGCACACUACGAGUUCCUGGCCGACAUCAAAAAGUUCGAGCACAAGCAGGAACACCCCGAUUACGUCUACAAGCCACAGAAGAAGGAGGAACGAGAGCGGCAGAGGCAGGAGGAUAAGGAGGCCAAGCAGCGCGCGCGCCUCGACAAGCAGCGUCGCGCAAAGGCGCAAGACGCGUCGUCCCUCUCAUCUCACUUCGUCUCCUCGAACCAUAUGCCAUACUACAACCCCCACCAGCACGUGCGAUCCCUCGAUACGUCCUAUCCGUCCCCUCCCCUCUCCGAUGAGUCAACUCCCCCACCCUGCUCUCCCACACCCCCCGGGCACGUCGUUGCCCUUCCCGACGCGUCAACCUCAACGCACCCACCCACACCUCCCGCGUCUACAAGUGCUGAAACUCCUGCCGUCGCACCAGCUGCGCUGGAUCCUCCGGCUGUUCCACCAGCCACAUACCCGGCCGCCGCCCCAGUGCCCGACGUCCUCUCGUUGAUGACACCGGAUAUGCAGCUCACGGCUGCGUUGGCGUCUUCCGCGACACAGUGGAACUACGGAUACACGCCUGAGCAGGAGGCGGGGCCGUCUGCAGUCGAUAUGGACGCCUUACUCCCUCCCAUCCACAUUCCUUGGCUAGACGAGCCCGACGUGGACCUCGUCGACGACAUGGGUCCGAUUCCCGACGCUGCACCGGUCUACCACCUGGGCCCCGAGGCUAGCGAUGAUGCGCCGGACACGAUCUCGCUGUCGCAGCAGGAAACGUUCACUAUGGCGGAGAACGAGUGCAUGGCGGCAUUCGAGAAGUUCAUCGAGUCGCUUGGGCUCCCGCCUUUGCAGGAGGAGGACGGGAGUGGCAGUGGCAGCGCGGUCGAGCCAAGCGUGGACGAGGAUCCGUUCGCAUUUAUCAAUUUCGAUGUGGAUCCGUUUUUCCAAAAUGCUGCUGUGCCCGCCCCGUCGAUGCCCCCUGCACCCACGACACCGUACGUUCCCCCAGCGGGUGCUAUGAACAGCGGGAUGCGUCGGGUGGCUGGGAGCUGGCACCCAGCGCAAGAAUACAUGGACAGUCCCAUGAUCGACGCCUGGGAUGGCCAGACGUUUUGA